AUGGCUCUUGUAGAUGACAACUACUGUUUCAGCUAUGUAGACGUUGGAUGUAAUGGUCGAGUAUCUGAUGGGGGAGUCUUCAGAAACUGCAAUCUGAGUGAGGCCCUGGAGAAUAAUUUGCUUCCAAAUGGACGUGUAAUUGUUGGUGAUAACGCCUUCCCCUUGAAACCGUACAUAAUGAAACCGUAUCCAGGGAGCCAGUUAACUUUAAAACAAAAAGUUUUUAACCAUCGCCUCUCACGAGCACGGCGCAUAGUAGAAAAUGCGUUCGGAAUUUUAGUUGCUCGAUUCAGAGUUUUUGAAAGGCUUAUUCCCAUCAACCCUGACACAGUUGACAAGGUUGUCAAAGCCUGCUGCGCUCUACACAAUUGGCUUCGUAAAACAAAAAGUAAUGUAAAUGCGCCAACAGUCGACAUUGAAGACACACGCAAUGGCCAUGACCCACGACUACUCAAAAUCAUUCAUCUCGAGAUGCCAGAACGAUCCGUGACAAUUAUGCCGACUAUUUUGUAGGAGAAGGAUCAGUUGAUUGGCAAAUGCGAAUGAUAUGCUGAAGUUGUAGCAAGCAGUAAAUAAAAAAUUAAUAAGAUAAUCCCUAAUUAAAAUAAAUAUAACAUGCUAAUAUAAAACUAGUUAAACGUUUUGCUGUUUA